AUGCCGCCAACUGGUUUAGAGCCCGCCAGAAUGAACAGGAAGAAAGGAGACAAGGGCUUUGAAAGCCCAAGGCCAUAUAAAUUAACCCAUCAGGUCGUCUGCAUCAACAACAUAAACUUUCAGAGAAAAUCUGUUGUGGGAUUCGUGGAACUGACUAUAUUUCCCACAGUUGCAAACUUGAAUAGAAUCAAGUUGAACAGCAAACAGUGUAGAAUAUACCGAGUAAGGAUCAAUGAUUUAGAAGCUGCUUUUAUUUAUAAUGACCCAACCUUGGAAGUCUGUCACAAUGAAUCAAAACAGAGAAAUCUAAAUUAUUUUUCCAAUGCUUAUGCCGCUGCAGUUAGUGCUGUGGAUCCUGAUGCAGGAAAUGGAGAACUUUGCAUUAAGGUUCCCUCAGAGUUAUGGAAACACGUUGAUGAAUUAAAGGUCCUAAAGAUACACAUCAAUUUUUCUUUGGAUCAGCCAAAAGGAGGUCUUCAUUUUGUGGUACCCAGUGUUGAGGGAAGUAUGGCAGAGAGAGGUGCUCAUGUUUUCUCUUGUGGGUAUCAAAAUUCCACAAGAUUUUGGUUCCCAUGCGUUGAUUCAUACUCUGAAUUAUGUACAUGGAAAUUAGAAUUUACGGUAGAUGCCGCAAUGGUGGCUGUUUCCAAUGGAGAUUUGGUGGAGACAGUAUAUACCCAUGAUAUGAGGAAGAAGACCUUCCAUUAUAUGCUCACCAUUCCAACAGCUGCGUCAAAUAUCUCUUUGGCCAUUGGACCUUUUGAAAUACUUGUAGAUCCAUAUAUGCACGAGGUUACUCAUUUUUGUUUACCUCAACUUCUUCCACUGCUUAAACAUACUACGUCAUAUCUUCAUGAAGUUUUUGAGUUUUAUGAAGAAAUUCUUACAUGUCGAUACCCAUACUCCUGUUUUAAGACAGUAUUCAUCGAUGAGGCUUAUGUUGAAGUGGCUGCUUAUGCUUCCAUGAGUAUAUUUAGCACAAAUCUUUUACAUAGUGCCAUGAUUAUAGAUGAGACACCUUUGACUAGAAGGUGUUUAGCCCAGUCCUUGGCCCAGCAGUUUUUUGGAUGUUUCAUAUCCAGAAUGUCUUGGUCUGAUGAAUGGGUACUGAAGGGAAUUUCUGGCUAUAUUUAUGGACUUUGGAUGAAAAAAACUUUUGGUGUUAAUGAAUACCGCCACUGGAUUAAAGAGGAGCUAGACAAAAUAGUGGCGUAUGAAUUAAAAACUGGUGGAGUUUUAUUACAUCCCAUAUUUGGUGGAGGAAAAGAGAAGGAUAAUCCAGCAUCUCAUCUACACUUUUCAAUAAAGCAUCCACAUACACUUUCCUGGGAAUACUACACUAUGUUUCAGUGUAAAGCUCACCUUGUGAUGAGAUUGAUUGAAAAUAGGAUCAGUAUGGAAUUCAUGCUACAAGUUUUCAAUAAACUGUUAAGUUUGGCUAGUACUGCUUCAUCGCAGAAGUUCCAGUCACAUAUGUGGAGUCAGAUGUUGGUUUCCACAUCUGGGUUUUUGAAAUCCAUCUCAAAUGUCUCUGGCAAAGACAUCCAGCCUUUAAUAAAACAGUGGGUAGACCAAAGUGGAGUGGUAAAAUUUUAUGGAAGUUUUGCAUUUAAUAGGAAACGAAAUGUCUUGGAAUUGGAAAUAAAACAGGAUUAUACAUCUCCUGGAACUCAGAAAUAUGUGGGACCACUUAAAGUGACAGUGCAGGAAUUAGAUGGAUCCUUCAAUCAUACGUUGCAAAUUGAAGAAAACAGCCUUAAACAUGAUAUACCCUGUCAUUCCAAAAGCAGAAGGAAUAAGAAGAAAAAAAUUCCACUGAUGAAUGGAGAAGAAGUUGACAUGGAUCUUUCUGCGAUGGAUGCUGAUUCCCCUUUGCUGUGGAUAAGGAUAGACCCAGAUAUGUCAGUGCUGAGGAAAGUUGAGUUUGAGCAAGCUGAUUUUAUGUGGCAGUAUCAGCUCCGCUAUGAAAGAGAUGUUGUUGCACAGCAAGAGUCCAUUCUGGCCUUGGAAAAAUUCCCUACGCCAGCAUCUCGCCUCGCUCUCACUGACAUACUAGAACAAGAGCAGUGUUUCUACCGAGUAAGAAUGUCAGCUUGCUUCUGCCUUGCAAAGAUUGCAAAUUCAAUGGUAAGCACAUGGACAGGACCACCAGCCAUGAAGUCACUUUUUACCAGAAUGUUUUGUUGUAAAACUUGUCCAAACAUUGUGAAAACAAACAACUUUAUGAGCUUUCAAAGCUAUUUUCUACAGAAGACUAUGCCAGUUGCAAUGGCUUUAUUGAGAGAUGUUCACAACCUUUGUCCCAAAGAAGUCUUAACGUUCAUUUUAGACUUAAUCAAGUACAAUGACAACAGAAAAAAUAAGUUUUCAGAUAAUUAUUAUCGUGCAGAAAUGAUUGAUGCCCUUGCCAACUCUGUUACGCCUGCAGUCAGUGUGAAUAAUGAAGUUCGAACUUUGGACAACUUAAAUCCAGAUGUGCGACUUAUUCUUGAAGAAAUCACCAGGUUUUUGAAUAUGGAAAAACUUCUUCCAAGUUAUAGACAUACUAUCACUGUCAGUUGUUUGAGAGCCAUAAGAGUGCUUCAGAAGAAUGGACAUGUGCCAAGUGAUCCCGCUCUUUUUAAGUCUUAUGCCGAGUAUGGACACUUUGUGGACAUUAGGAUAGCAGCUUUGGAAGCAGUCGUUGAUUAUACUAAAGUGGACCGGAGUUACGAAGAACUGCAAUGGCUACUUAAUAUGAUUCAGAAUGACCCUGUCCCCUAUGUAAGACAUAAGAUUCUAAACAUGUUGACUAAGAACCCACCAUUUACUAAGAACAUGGAGUCUCCCUUAUGUAAUGAAGCCUUGGUAGAUCAACUUUGGAAACUUAUGAAUUCUGGUACUUCACAUGACUGGAGGUUACGUUGUGGUGCUGUGGACUUGUACUUCACACUUUUUGGCCUCAGUAGACCUUCCUGCUUGCCCUUGCCAGAGCUUGGGUUGGUUCUUAAUCUAAAAGAGAAAAAAGCUGUCUUGAAUCCGACCAUAAUUCCAGAGGCCAUAGCAGGCAACCAAGAAGCUGCGAUUAAUCCAAGUAGUCACGCACAGCUAGUUGGAUUUCAGAACCCUUUUUCAAAUUCUCAAGAUGAGGAGGAAAUUGAUAUGGACACUGUUCACGAUAGCCAGGCGUUUAUUUCCCAUCAUUUGAACAUGCUUGAAAGGCCAUCAACUCCAGGGCUUUCUAAAUAUCGUCCAGCUAGCUCCCGAUCUGCUUUAGUACCCCAACACUCAUCAGGCUGUGAUGGCACACCUCCCACGAAACCCCAGUGGAGCAUGGAACUUACACGGAAGGGAACAGGUAAAGAACAGUCACCUUUGGAGAUGAGUAUGCAUCCAGCUGCAACAGCUCCACUCUCAGUGUUUACUAAGGAAUCCGCGUCCUCCAAACACAGUGACCACCAUCACCACCAUCACCAUGAACACAAGAAAAAGAAGAAGAAGCACAAACAUAAGCAUAAGCACAAGCACAAGCAUGAUAGUAAAGAGAAGGACAAAGAGCCUUUCGCUUUCUCCAGCCCUGCCAGCGGCAGGUCCAUUCGUUCUCCUUCUCUUUCAGACUGA